AUUUGAGCGGAUACAUCAUACGUGGAACGGCACACAAGCCGGGACUCGGUGGUGAAUGGUGAUCUCAGCCGUCCCCAUCCCCGCACCGCCAUUGCAGGGUUGGGAUGCUGUUUGAAAUUCGAAUUUCCAGUGUUCUCUUGGCCGUUGGACACACGGCCGAUACCCCAGCCACAGACCAUCGGUGUAAUAUGUGUAUAUAUCGCCGCUUUCCCUUCUCUAACGGAAGGAAGAAGAUCCCUAUUGUCUUUUCUUUCGAUUCAGCGAAGAGAGAAGAAUGGUGACAGCGACGAUCCAGCAGCCACAGCAGAGCCGGGCGAUGGAUGCGUUCGAGAAGCUGGAGAAGGUCGGCGAAGGAACGUACGGGAAGGUGUACAAGGCUAGGGAGAAGGCCACCGGCAAGAUCGUCGCCCUCAAGAAGACCCGCCUCCCCGAGGACGACGAGGGCGUCCCCCCCACUACCCUCCGCGAGGUCUCCCUCCUCCGCAUGCUGUCCGUCGAUCCCCACAUCGUCAGACUGCUGGAUCUCAAGCAAGGUCAGAACAAAGAAGGACAGACCAUUCUGUAUUUGGUAUUUGAGUACAUGGACACUGAUCUAAAGAAGUACAUCAGAAGCUUCCGCCAGGUUCAUGAGAUGAUCCCGCCCAAAACUGUCAAGAUUUUGAUGUAUCAACUCUGCAAAGGACUUGCUUUCUGUCAUGGCCGCGGUGUGCUGCACAGAGAUCUGAAGCCUCACAAUCUUUUAAUGGAUCGGAAGAGUAUGAUGCUAAAAAUUGCAGAUCUUGGACUGAGUCGAGCUUUCACUAUUCCCCUCAAGAAGUAUACGCAUGAGAUCCUGACUCUCUGGUAUCGAGCUCCGGAAGUGCUCCUUGGGGCCACACAUUAUUCAACACCAGUCGAUAUGUGGUCAGUUGGCUGUAUAUUUGCUGAACUAGUUACCACCCAAGCACUCUUUCCUGGCGACUCUGAACUGCAGCAGCUGCUCCACAUCUUCAGGUUGCUUGGUACUCCGAAUGAAGAAGUUUGGCCCGGAGUAAGCAGAUUAACGAACUGGCACGAGUAUCCACAGUGGAGCCCCAAGAGCCUGUCAUCAGCCGUGCCGACUCUGGAAGCCAAUGGGUUAGACUUGCUUUCGAAGAUGCUGCAGUACGAGCCUUCCAAGCGGAUUUCAGCAAAGAAAGCUAUGGAGCACCCGUACUUCGACGAUGUAAAUAAGGCUAGUUACUGAGUUGCUAACCGGUCUUGGUCCUAAAUCUAGCAGUGGUAAAUACAGUGUAGCUUUUCUCGAGCAUUCUAUAUGGUGGAAGUGCUUAAGAGUCCAUUAAGCAUUGUGAUGUUCUUUUCC